GACAGCGCACGACUAUGCGUCGAUUUCUUUAUUGUGUGCUUCGGCAUGCCUACCACUGCCACCUUUAGAAAGCACUCAGGCUGGCGGUGUGGUGUUGCAUCGCGCCGACUCGGAAGACUGAUGUGUUCAUUUAAAAUAGUGAGUGAUUUUGUGUAGAUACGUGAAAAUGGAAGUGUCAAAAGCAUUCCAGGCAGAUAUUAGGCAUAUCCAGAAUCAGCUCAAGAUUGCUAUCCUGAAUCAUCAGGUGAUGGUGAAGAAGAAAAAUGAAGAUCCAACCAAUAUCCAUAUCCAGGUGCAACUCCGUGAUGCUCAGAGGCACAUCAUAUCUCUCGGUGAAAUACAGAAACAACUAAUUCAGCGACUAAGGAAAGAGUUAGAAGCAAAUUCAACAAACAGCACAUUGAACAACAAAAGCACUGUUAAAUGUGCUGAGAAGGAUAAUGAUAUUGAAAUCAUACAAACUAAUAACAGCAGUAGUUCCAGUGCUGGUGGGAUUGUUAGCACAGUAAACACAAAAAGCAGUAUUACCACAGUCUCCAAAGAUGCAAAUAACACACAAAAUGGAAUUAUUUACAUUAGUGCAGUAGACGGUUCGGGAAAUGGUUCUUCAGAUGAAGUAAGAUUAUCAGCAGCUUCCUCACCUUCUUCUUCCCCUUCUUCAAGUUCCUCAGAUGAUGAAAGAGAAAUACAAGAGGCUUUGGCUGCAGAAAUUUCUCAAGAGAAAAUAGCAUUUCUACAGGCUGUCGGACUCAUAACUCGUGAAAUUCUCUCAGACCUACAGAAUCGCAGAGUCGAAAGAAAGCGUCGUAGCACUGCAAAUCAUACCCAGUUCGUAUAUGGAAGUCACUGGGAUGUUUCGAAACGGAAGAAGAAUGGUUAUCUCUUAUCCACAUCACCACAAAUAAAAACAAAAAGGAAGCCUCAAGUACAUCAAAAGCAGCAACACCAAAAAGAUAAACAUCAAGUAUUGUUUGCUGAAAAUGAUAGAAUUGUUAUGCCUGUAACCUCUGCACUAGAAAAGAUGACACCAGUUUCUUCUUCAGUAUCGCAAUCUUCCGUGACUCGGCACACAGCUUCAGACAAGACUAAUGCAUCAGUGUAUCAGAUCACUCCUAAAGAAAUCUCAAGAUCGCUGCUACGUACUUCUGGGACAAACUUGCCAAAAACUUCGUUACGUCUCGCAAGUCUUCCAGCAUCUCUAACUAUAGAAAGAGUGAAUAGUCCACCCCAUGUUUGCAUCAUCUGUGGAUCUACUGGAAUGCUCUCUUCGUGUAAGAACUGCAGUGCAUACUUCCAUCCUUCCUGUUCGAAAGAAGCUUCAUGUUGUCCAAAGUGCAACACAGAUCAAGGCAGCAGCUACAUGGAAGCCAAGAAAGGAACGAAUGAACCACCAAAUGGACUUAUUAUACAGCAAACGACAGUUCCACUGCAGGCUAGUUUCUCAGGCCCAAGCAUUGCAAAAAAAAGUAAUGCUCCAGUCAGAAGAAGUUAUUCGAAACAAGAUAAAAGUGAUCAAUAAUUUUAUAAGUGUAAUAAAGACAACUCGAUCAGUUGCAGCAAAAGACAAAAGUUAACGAAGUGCAUCUACAGUUAUAACUUUUACAAUGUGCAAGGAUUUUCUGUGAUGACGCUGUAAUUUGUGUGAACAGUGAUACAGUAAUCCAGUUUUUAUACUGGAUUUUCUCAGGAAAUGUGGAACAGAUUUCUCACUAUGUGAGAAGCAAGCAGAAAUAAUUGCACCAGUCGAUUCUUUUAACAGAUUAAAAGAAUUAAUGGGACCACUUUUAAUUUUCAACACAUUUGUUGUGUUAACUUGCUUCUGUUUGUUUCUCUUAGUGUAUUAUUUGUAGUGUUAUUGUUAGUUACUUUUGCAUUUUUUCCUUUGGCCCUAAAAGACAUGAAUGGUUUAUAUAGCUUAAUGUUAUUUAUUAACUUUUUUGCUCAUUUGUUUAAAGUAAAAUAAAGAAAAAGUGACAGCUAUUGGGAAUGGAAAUACUCAAAGAUAACAAAAAUAAAUUUUCACAUAUUUCUUUUUUUGCAAUGGAAAUUAUUUUAUAAGCAAGACUGUAAAAGAUUCCUUUUUAUAAUAAACCUGCUUAGGUUACUUAAAUACAACUGAAUUAUGUGAUGACUAACAAAAUCUGCGAAAAUAAUAUGAGCAAUAAAUGUAUGUUUUGUAUAUAUCUGUAAUUCAGUGAAUCUGUAAAGGUUAUUUAUUGAGAAAUGUGAUAUUAACCUCAUUAAAUUACAGUGGGGGAAUGCACCAAUAUAAUGCUGCCUGCAUCAAACUGAAAAUCUGUAUUUUAAUUGCUGCUGUUAUUGUUAUGCUUACAGCCUGCUGAAUAAAGCAUAUUUAUCACUAGAAAAUGU